GUGCUGGUGCUGACGCAGCGGGAUUACGAACGCGUGCUGCCCAUCGCGGCGACGGGGGAGCAAUACGGGUACUUUUGGGGGGAUAACGAUACCGCGUUUCAACGCGUGGGGUUGUCGCUGUUGACGACGGUGUUGACCGCGAAUGCGGCGCCGGCGCUCGCCGUGCCCGCGAGCACGUUUUUUUUGUGGGCACCCGUGGCGUUAGCGGCGCGACGUAACUCAAAGGUGCGAAGCGCUAAAUACGCGGGCCUGUGGCGCGCCAGAGUCAUCUCAGUCGAGCCCGUGGAGACGCGCGGGACGUCGAGCGUAGAUUGGAUGUUUAACCUAGUCGUCGGAGAUAGAUCCGGGGCGCGAGUACCGCUGAAAGUUCCUUUAAAAGCGGAGUACGCGGAUAUCAACGUAGGCGACGACGUCGAGCUCAUCGUGACAUCAGACGACCCGUACUUUUACACGUUUCAAGCCGUUCGCGAGGCGUAUUUUCCGUUCCUUAACGUCUGGGUGGGCGAGUAUCCGUUCCUCGACCGUCGUGGGAUGGUGAGCGUGAGCGAUCGUUUAGCCGGGGAAGAGGAGGCGCGUCGCGCCAGGGCGAGAGGAUAA